CCAACCGCAUGGCUGGAAUUUAGGGACUUUUUGGUGGAGCAAUUACCAGCCAAUUUCAGGGCAGUAUGAUAAAUUCUGAUCUGGGGAAAAACCAGGACUGUAGAGAGCCAGGCAGCUUCCUUCCUUGAGAAGCUACCCAAGGCAUCACCAUAGAGUCUCCUCCUUCCUCAGCUACUGCAGUUCUUUCAGCAGAAAAGUGUCAGAGAGGCAGCAGCUGGUCAUGUUUCUCCUAAGAGCUCCACAGGGGACCCUUCGUAGAAAAGGGGAGAUGGCGGCCUGGUCCUUCUCUGGGCUGUGGAAAGUCUCUGAUCCGACUCUGUUCCAGAUGACCUUGGUCGCUGCUCUGCUGGCCACUGUUCUUGGCAGCUGUGGUCCUCCACCCAUUUUACAAUUUGCUUCUCCAGUAAAUCAGCUGAACGAGACAGAGUUCCAAACUGGAAGUGUUGUGAAAUACAACUGCCGCCCUGGCUACAGUAGGACCAGUUCAAGUCAGAUUCUUACCUGUAGACAGGGCCAAUGGAGCUAUAGUACCUUCUGUGUCAAGAAACGAUGCAGAAACCCAGGAGAUUUACCUAAUGGGAACGUGGAAAUUAAGACAGAUUUCUUUUUUGGAUCACAAAUCGAAUUCAGCUGUUUAGAAGGAUAUAUCUUAAUUGGCUCGGCCACUAGUCAUUGUGAGAUUCAGGAUAAGGGAGUCGACUGGAGUGAUCCUCUCCCACAAUGUGUAAGUGUCAUGUGUGACUCCCCUCCACACAUCAGCCAUGGGAAGCACAGUGGUGGAGACGAAGACAUCUACACAUACGGCUCCUCUGUCACCUACAGCUGUGACCCCCGCUUCUCGCUCAUAGGCAAAGCCUCCAUUUCCUGCAUGGUGGAGAAUAAAACCAUAGGUGUCUGGAGCCCCAACCCUCCUACCUGUAAACAAAUCGCUUGUCCUCAGCCAAACGUGCCACAUGGAAGUAUUAUCUCUGGAUUUGGACCCAUCUAUUCCUACAAAGACACUAUUGUGUUUAGCUGCCAGAAAGGUUUUAUUCUCAAAGGCAGCAGUUUAAUACAUUGUGAAGCUGACAACAAGUGGGAUCCUUCUCCUCCUACUUGUGAACCCAAUAGUUGUACUGACUUACCAGAUAUUCCACAUGCUUCCUGGGAUAGAUAUCCGAGGCCAACAAAAGAGCAAGCGUAUGCUGUUGGGACUGUGUUAAAAUACCACUGUCUUCCUGGCUAUAAACCCGCCGUGGAUGAGCCUACAAGUGUGACUUGUCAAAAAAAUUUGAGAUGGACCCCCUACAAAGGGUGUAAGGAGUUAUGUUGCCCCAUACCAGAGCUAAACAAUGGUGAAAUCAUUCAACACAGAAAAAAUCGUCGCACCAAUGACUGCAUGUAUUUCUAUGGAGACGAGCUUUCGUAUUUAUGUACUGGGUACCUAAGAUUUUCAGCUACGUGUCAACCAGAUGGCACAUGGAGUCCCCGUACACCGUCAUGUGAUGGCAAUUGCCAUUUUCCUCCUACCAUUGCCCAUGGACAUCAUAAACGACCUAUUACAUACAACUUAUUCAGAGAAGACGUUAUUUAUGAAUGUGAUGAAGGAUACACUCUGGUUGGACAGGCAAAACUCUCCUGUAGUUCUUCACUCUGGACACCUUCAGCCCCUCAGUGUAAAGCUCUGUGUGUGAAACCAGAAAUAGCGAAUGGAAAGCUGUCUGUGGAUAAGGAUGAGUAUGUUGAACUUGAAGACAUCACCAUCCACUGUGACUCUGGCUAUAGUCUAGUGGGUCCCGAAAGUAUCACUUGCUCAGAGAACAGAACCUGGUACCCAGGGGUGCCCAAGUGUGAGUGGGAGGUCGUUGAAGGCUGUGAGCAAGUACUCACAGGCAGAAAACUCACGCAGUGCCUCCCAAGGCCGGAGGAUGUGAAAAUGGCCCUAGAGGUGUAUAAAUUGUCUCUGGAGAUUGAACUACUGGAACUACAGAGAGACAAGGCAAGACUGGCAACUCCAGAGAAAGAACUAUAAUUUUCCAAAAAGAGGGAGGAAAAACGUACCUUGCUGGCUGGCCUCCUACGAUUCAAUACACAUUACUUAAGUUUAGCACAACUACUUUUGCUUUGGCACUGAUACUAAUUGUAAUAAAUAUUUAGAAAUGAUAAUUUGUUAAAUUUUAGUGCUUUAAGAGUGUAGAAUUAUUGAUCAUCUUGUGGCUCAUGUUUUUGCUUUUCUGGACACAGAGUGUGCAUUUUUUGAUUAAAAA